CAAAAGCAUUAUUACAUUGUCUGUUAAUGUCAGACAUAAAUUAGCAUUACCGGCAGUUUUGCCGCUUUUAUUGGCUCUUACCAAAUUAAAUUUUAGUAUUGUUUAGGGCUCUAACAUUAGUAAAAGUUUGUAGCUUUCGGGGCGAAUAAAAGUGCAUUUGUUGAAUUCUGAAAAUGUGUUAAGUUGUGGAAUAAGUCAUAUUUCUCUGGAGAUGGCUGAUGAUUCAGGAAAUGAAGAUAGCUGGCUUUAUGGGGAAUCCAAUGCUGACUCUCAAGAUCAUGUAGCAAAAGAGAAUGAUAAAAAUCAAGAAGAAACAAACGAAAAUAAUUGUGAGCGAGAACCUGUGGAGGAGAAAGAAGAGUCACAUAAUGAACAUGUAGAUGAGGAACACUUUGAUGUUCAGGAACCUAUUGACCAGAGAGAUAAUGAGAAUGGAGAAGAAGAAAGCAAACAUGAUUCAAAUGCAGAUAGUGAUAGUGAAUCCGAUGAUGAUAUUAAUGUUGUUAUAGGAGAUAUCAAAUCAGGUCCUUCAUAUGCAGGGAUAAAUGUGAAGCAAAGGGCACCUCUACUUGCUGCUGGUGCUCCGAAUGCCGAUAAACCUAAACAGGUACAAGGAAAAUUUAAUAUUGAUGAUUUUGAACAAGCUGGAAUUAUUAAUGGAAUACAAGUACAUGAAUUUAGUAUAGACUCCUUAGAAGAUAAGCCAUGGAGAAAGCCAGGAGCAGAUGUAACAGAUUAUUUCAAUUAUGGAUUCAAUGAAGAUACCUGGAGAGCAUAUUGCGAACGACAGAAGAGAAUGAGAGUUCAUGAGUCCGGAACUGGUCUUCUUGUUCUUGGUAAUAUCAAUACAGGGUCAAGAGUUGUGACUGCACUUUCUAAUGAAAAUAGUAAAUACGCAAACAUACCAUCUGCUGGAAUUCGAAAGGCUGGCCCUCCUCCAGGUCGUAGAAUGACAGGAUCAAUAGAUGUUAUUGGUGGUACAGGACUUGCUAGUCGAAGGGGUGAUGAAGAAGCACCAGGUAUAAACCCUACUACACCUUCUCCUGGGGUUAAAGAAAAUGUUAUUCAGGUAAUGACAGCUGAUCGUCGGGAAUAUAGUCGGGUUUCAAAAAGUUUUCCUGAUACAACACUACCGCCUCCACAAAUGGGAGAUUCUCAGUUCCCUUCGACUCACAUGUCUGAGCCUUACUAUGAACCAGAUCCUUACUUCAAUACUUAUGAGCCGACACAGGAUUUACAAUGGGGAGAUUCAAACUGGACCCCUUCGGAUCACAUGAAACAGCUAACUCCCGGAAUGAAUAUGGUGCCUGUAGCACCCCCACCAAUAGGAGGUCCCGUAUCACAGAUGGUUGGGUCUCAUAUGCGCAUGCCUCCUCCUAUGGGUGGACCACCGAUGAUGGUAAUGCCUCCACACAUGGUGGGUCAAAGGCCACCACUAAGAGCACCAAUUUCUCCUGAUAGCAGAGACAGGGAUAGAUCUCAAACUCGAGAUCGGGAAAGGUCUCGAGACAGAGAUAUUGACAGAUCACGAGACAGAUCGCGCGAAAGGGAAAGAGAAAGAAUGGAAAGAGAUCGUGAGACAAGAGAUAGGGACCGGGAUAGGGAUAAGGAUAGAGAAAGGGAGAGAGACAGAGAUAGGGAGCGGGAUAGAGAUCGUGAUCCACGUGAACGAGAUCUUCGCGAAAGAAGCGUUAGGCAAGAAGAUGCAGAACAUUCACCUUCGCAUGAUAGAGAAGAUAGAGGUCGUUCAUACCGAGACAGAUCACAUCGUAAAGAAAGAUCAAGGUCCAGGGAAAGGUCAAGACGGCGUAAAUCACGAUCACGAUCACCCUCACACAGAGUGCAUAAAAAGAAGAAAUCAAGCCAUCGUAAAGAAAAAGAUGACAGUGAUUAAUGCCAUUCUAAAUGAAUAUUGUAACUAGAACUGCGU